CGCGGGCGCGCUGCGAGUCGGCGUCGGCGUCCGCGCGCGCGCGCGGCGGGCCGAGGCUGGUGUGGGCUGGAGCAGCGAGCGAAGCGGCGGCGCCCCAGAGCCGAGGGGGCGCGCGGGCCUGGCGCAGCGGGAGCGGACGGCUUCGGAGCGGACGCGGGGCCCCGGCGGGACAGCUCGGCCUCGCCGCUGGGCGCCUCGCGGGCGCCGGUCGCUUCCCGGGCCCGGAGUGGCCGCCGCCCCAGGAGACGCGCCGUGACACGGGCCUAAGGCGCCGCGGGCCGCGGGCGUCCGCGCCGUUCGGCCCGGUGCGGCCCGGGGCGGGGCGGGGACGAGCGCCGGGGCAGGUGCAGCCCCCCGGGCCCGCGAGCGAGGUGUCCACGGCACUGCUCGGCCCGUCCCGGCUCGCAGCGGCCGCGCGUCCCCCCUCGGCGGCCGGAGCUCGGUCGCUGCCCCGCCUUCUCCGGGGAGCGCCAGGCGGGAGCGGCCCGGACCCCGGGCUCGCGCGGGAGACGACGCGCCACAAACUUUGCCUUUUAUUGUUCCCAGCCCUUUAAGUGCGAGGGACUCCGCUGGGCAGGAAAAAUGUCCUUCUUCAAUUUCCGUAAGAUCUUCAAGUUGGGGAGCGAGAAGAAGAAGAAGCAGUACGAACACGUGAAGAGGGACCUGAACCCCGAAGAGUUUUGGGAGAUUAUAGGAGAACUGGGCGACGGAGCCUUUGGGAAAGUGUAUAAGGCCCAGAAUAAAGAGACCAAUGUUUUAGCUGCUGCAAAGGUGAUUGACACCAAAUCUGAAGAAGAACUUGAAGAUUAUAUGGUUGAGAUUGACAUAUUAGCAUCUUGUGAUCACCCGAACAUAGUCAAGCUUCUAGAUGCCUUCUAUUAUGAGAACAAUCUUUGGAUCCUCAUUGAAUUUUGUGCAGGGGGAGCAGUGGAUGCUGUGAUGCUGGAACUUGAGAGACCAUUAACUGAGUCCCAAAUCCAAGUAGUUUGCAAGCAGACUUUAGAGGCUCUGAGUUACUUACAUGACAAUAAAAUCAUCCACAGAGACCUGAAAGCUGGCAAUAUUCUUUUUACCUUAGAUGGAGACAUUAAAUUGGCGGAUUUUGGAGUAUCAGCUAAAAACACCAGGACAAUUCAAAGGAGGGAUUCCUUUAUUGGCACACCAUAUUGGAUGGCUCCUGAAGUAGUCAUGUGUGAGACAUCAAAGGACAGGCCUUACGACUAUAAAGCUGACGUUUGGUCCCUGGGUAUUACAUUAAUAGAAAUGGCUGAGAUAGAGCCACCUCACCAUGAGUUAAAUCCAAUGCGAGUGUUGCUAAAAAUAGCAAAAUCUGAGCCCCCAACAUUAGCACAGCCGUCAAAGUGGUCUUCAAAUUUUAAGGACUUUCUAAAGAAAUGCUUGGAAAAGAAUGUGGAUGCACGGUGGACUACAUCUCAGCUAUUACAGCAUCCCUUUGUGACCGUCGAUUCCAACAAACCAGUCCGAGAGUUGAUUGCUGAGGCAAAGGCUGAGGUAACAGAAGAGGUUGAAGAUGGCAAGGAGGAAGAUGAUGAUGAGGAAGCAGAGAAUGCUCUGCCGAUACCUGCAAAUAAACGCGCCUCCUCUGACCUCAGUAUUGCCAGUUCUGAAGAAGAUAAACUUUCUCAAAAUGCUUGUAUUUUGGAAUCUGUAUCAGAAAGAAUAGAGAUCAGUACUCCUGGGGAUAAAUUUAGCAACAAAGUUCUUAAUGAAAAACCCUCCACUGAUGAACCUCCAAAGGCUGUGAAGGCUGUUACUGAGCACACGGAUGAUCCUAACUUAGAAACUGUGGCUGAACUCAAUGACCAGCCAGUAGGAAUCCAUGAGAAUGGGAGACAGAAGAGACCGAAGCUGGAAGCUCGAGCUGAUACAGAAGCCCAUCCCACUGUGGCUGUUAAUUCAGUCAGUGAAGGGAAUGAGGGGAAUAUAGUAACUUCAGAAACAGACACUGACCAUCUGAAACCAGAGGAAGACAGGAGGAAAGACAACCAGGAGAUACUUGAGAAUAAAUUUAUCAAACCUGAAGAAAUCAAAAAUACGCAUAUUCAAACAAUGGACUCAGUGUCUCAAGAGACUGGAGAAACUGAGGCAGAUUUUCAGGCAGUUGACAAUGAAGUUGGGUUUACAAAAGAAGAUGCCCAAGAGAAACUGGGAAAAGGUGACAAAACUCACCAAGUUGUAGUCAGUGAGGUAGGAACACAUGAGGCACUAGAUGCUGCUGAGAAGGCUCCUGAACACAGCAGCAAGGAUGCCCAGAGUGCUGAUGGGAAGGAAGUAGUGGAAGGAAACCAGAAGUUAGAGAAGCCCACAGAGAGCCCUGAGGCUGGUGGUGCUGAGGAAGAAUCUUCUGUUCAAGAAAGAGUUGAGAAUGAAGAGCUAGGUCAACAGUCCGUAGUGUGUGACGGUGAGGGACUGUUAAUCAGCACUUCAGAGACCACACAGGCAACCAUUGAGGAGCCAGGAACAGAUGAAGUGGAGCAGGGCAGUGAGGCCCAUGGCAUUGAGGAGACAGAGAGACAUGCAGUGACUGGCAGUGCUGAGGAGCAGGCUCUAGGAAGUGAAGCUGAGGCAGCCGCUCCCGAGGGAGAGUUGGAGAGAAAGGAAACUGCACAGGAAGUGCCAGUGAACCCAGAGCCCCAGGCUCCUGCAGCAUCACAGCCCAGUGAGCCUUGUCCUGUCCUAAUACCCAGUAUCAACAUUAACUCUGAAAACACAGAAAAUAAAGGAGAAAUGGGUGCUUUACCAAAACCUGACACCAUACUGCCACAAGAGCCUGAAAAUGAAAAGGGAAAUGUUGCUGACUCGGGGACUGGGUCUGCUGUGGAGACCAGCGGCAGCGACUUGAAUCUGUCCAUCUCUAGCUUCUUAAGCAAAACUAAAGACAGCGGGUCGAUGUCUUUACAAGAGACAAGAAGACAGAAGAAAACAUUGAAGAAAACACGCAAAUUUAUUGUUGAUGGUGUAGAAGUGAGUGUAACAACGUCAAAGAUAGUUACAGAUAGUGACUCCAAAACUGAGGAAUUGCGGUUUCUCAGGCGUCAGGAACUUCGAGAGCUGAGAUUUCUUCAAAAAGAAGAGCAGAGGGCCCAGCAACAGCUCAAUGGCAAACUGCAGCAGCAGCGGGAGCAGAUUUUCAGGCGCUUUGAGCAAGAAAUGAUGAGUAAGAAGCGACAAUAUGACCAAGAAAUUGAGAAUCUAGAGAAGCAGCAGAAACAGACAAUUGAACGACUAGAACAAGAGCACACGAACCGCUUGCGAGACGAAGCCAAAAGAAUCAAAGGCGAGCAAGAGAAGGAGCUGUCCAAGUUCCAGAACAUGCUUAGAAACCGCAAGAAGGAGGAACAAGAAUUUGUUCAGAAGCAACAACAAGAAUUAGAUGGCUCUCUGAAAAAGAUCAUCCAGCAACAGAAGGCAGAGUUGGCCAAUAUCGAGAGAGAGUGCUUGAAUAACAAGCAGCAGCUUAUGAGAGCACGAGAAGCUGCUAUUUGGGAGCUUGAAGAACGACACUUACAAGAGAAGCACCAGCUGCUGAAGCAGCAGCUCAAAGACCAGUACUUCAUGCAGAGACACCAGCUGCUUAAACGCCACGAGAAGGAAACAGAACAAAUGCAGCGUUAUAAUCAACGACUUAUUGAGGAAUUGAAGAACAGACAGACUCAGGAACGAGCAAGACUACCCAAGAUUCAACGAAGUGAAGCCAAGACACGAAUGGCCAUGUUUAAGAAAAGUUUGAGAAUUAACUCAACAGCCACACCAGACCAGGACCGUGAAAAAAUUAAACAGUUUGCUGCACAAGAAGAAAAGAGGCAGAAAAAUGAGAGAAUGGCUCAGCAUCAAAAACAUGAGAGCCAGAUGCGGGAUCUGCAGCUGCAGUGUGAGGCCAAUGUCCGAGAGCUGCAUCAGCUGCAGAAUGAAAAAUGCCACCUGUUGGUUGAACACGAGACUCAGAAACUGAAGGAGUUGGAUGAGGAGCACAGCCAGGAGCUAAAGGAGUGGAGAGAGAGGCUGAGGCCAAGGAAGAAGACACUGGAAGAAGAGUUUGCCAGGAAACUGCAGGAGCAGGAAGUGUUUUUUAAAAUGACGGGGGAGUCGGAAUGUCUUAAUCCCUCAGCACAGAGCCGUAUCUCCAAAUUCUACCCUAUUCCCACCUUGCAUUCCACUGGGUCGUAGCGAUAGCAAGCAUUCUCCGUCUGGAUUUGGCUUCUAAGUACAUCAUUGUAUUCCUUCAUCUUCCUCAGUAUGUAUGACUCACAAAGACAAUCACCUGUUUCAUCUUCUCGGUGGUUCUGAAAAUUUGUUUCUUGGAUUUUAUUGUUAACAGAGAUGAAGGGCAAAUGAACUAAGACAGAUGCCAGGCCAUGUUGGCGAGUAGCAUCUUGCAGUAAUUCCCUAAGGUGGUUUUGUAUAUUGACCUUAAAUAUUGUAUUCUUUAGACACUGUUACUAAAAAACUGCCAGAGAAAUAAUGUUUAAAGGUAUUUGGAGGGAAAAAAACAACAACCAAACCUGUUACAUCACUAAGUAUUAAUAAAUAUUGUUUUACCUGAUUUCUCAAUGAUGCUAAAUUCUGUAGUAAAGAUUCUGCUGUAGAAGUGGAGUAAUUUUCUUUUGGUAAACCAGCUCUUAUUAAAAAGCCAUGAGUUAUCGAAGUAUGUUAUUGAUUCAGUACAUAGAUAUAUUUUUAUCAUUAAACAGGAUCAAAGUCUUUUAAAAAAGAAAGAUUAUUUCAGUAAUCUGUCACAAAUAUUAGCCUGUGUGGUCAAGAACUAAUAAUUGAGGUGCUAAUUUUAUUAAGAUAGUGCCUAAAAUACUAAAUUUUAAUCAUGUAUAAAAUGGGAUUUUCUUUUUGACCAACAGGAACAAAGUACCCUCUCACUGAACAUUACUGUUUUAAAAACUUGCUUAUAUUGCCACUUAAUACUCAUCCUAAAACCAAUGUAUAAAAUUUGGGGAGAUGAAUGAACUAGCUUUAAAAUGUGCAAACUGAACAUAUAGAAUUCACCGCAUUGUUAAUAGCACAGACUGAGCUCUUCCACUUAAUCCCUCAUAAGAAGCCCACAUCUCAGCAAGUUCAGUUCCGCAGUAGAAGCUUAGAGGUCUCUGUGCCCCGAGCUUUGGUCACGACUGCAGUUCUGAAGCUGGUCUUGAAGCCUUUGUCCACAGAAGAUUCUCAUUCAGUAUCAGACACACAUGCAAAGUGACACUGUAUUGUUUCAAAUGGGGCUAUUCAGGUGCAUUUUAGUUUUAGUUUGUUCCAUGUUUAAAUUAAUUACUUUGAGUCAGAAAAACCUGAAACCUUUAUCAUGUGGUUGCUGGUACAUGUGAUUAUUAAUGAAAUGUUCACUCUUAGUUCCUUUUGAAGCUCAGCAUCUCACCCGCGUCAGGUCAACAGUAUUAUAAACAGCACAUUUGUGAAUGAUGCUUGCUGCCUGCCAUUGGCAACCUGCUCUCUUCUAAGAGUGCUAGGUACCAAAUUGUAAACGUUUCUGUUGUUAGCUAUAUUUUGAGGUUGGUGAAGACUAAAAUGUCAGUGUAAUGUUGUGGAAACACCAGUUCAUAUUAAGAAAAUGUAAAUGUCUGUAGUACUUUCUUGGAGUUCAUUUGAAAACUUUGGAUGCUGAACUUUAUCUGGUUUAGAUGGUUUAAAAAUGCAUGUGUAACUUUAAUUUUAUAAUUAUUUUGACAAGCUUAAUUUUCUUGGACAACCUUGUAGGUAGCCUUAACUUUCAGCCAAUUUUGUUUUUUAUAUAAAUAUAUAUAUAUAUAUACAUAUAUAUAUAAUGUAUGGUUGUAAAUUCAUACACUUAUCACAUGAAUGUGUUACUGUAUACAGAAUCUUUAAUGCUUUAUUUUCAGAUGCUGGGUUGAAACUGUUUGAAAGCCUUUAAAUAUAUAUCUUUAUAAAGUAAUAUUCAGGAUGAUGAUGGAAAUUGUUUAUAUUAUUAUGAUAAAAGACGGAAUUAUGUUGCCCAGUGUAUUUAAUGAUUUAUUUGAAGAGGGAGAGGGGAGGAAGGCUCUUAUACACCACUUUCUCCUUUGAAUUUUUCAGUUUACUAGAUUUUUACAAGUGAUUGCUUCAGUCAGUGGGCUUUCUUUUCAGCAUCAUUUAGGUCAUUGUAGACAUGAUUUGAUCUGAAUAUCUGCCCUUGCUGGUCCUUUUCAGCUUGACGUUUAGAGCAUUAUAUCUGGGAUGGAGGCUGGAAGGGGUGUCUCCCUGCAGACUUUCCUCCGAAUUCCCUGCUGCUGCUUGAGGUUUCUUUCAAGCAUGGCUGUAUUCCUGUGGGUGCAGGGACUGUCCAGUGGUAUACAUGGGGAGGGGGACACUCCUCUCAAUAUUUCAGGUUGUAUAUAGAAAGUGUUUUGUAAUAGAACAUGCUGUUUCUAAACUUGCCUGCUUCUUGUAAGGCCUUACGCCAUGUAGAUAAUAGUGACCGUUCUCUGCUGCAUGAAGUAGGUGGGGAGUGGCUGGGGGCACAGACUUCUUUGAAUCUGAGAGUACAGUCAAUCCAUCCCCCGAUUAAGUUGUUUGGUUGCUGUGGCAGAGUGUGCCAUCAGUGCAUAAAGGAAAUGCUCCAUGUGUGUACCUUCAGAAGUCACCUCCCCUUUCCCACACGCCACACCUCCACCACACUUCUGCAGGUCCAGCUCCCAGAGCCCAAGCGCAGGGUUUCCGUAGACCUCUUGACCACAGGCUGUGGGUUGCUGAGUUAGCUGCUGUUUUAUGUGGAGUCACAGUAAGCUUGCUCUUACCCUUUUCUUUGGGGAGGAGGAACUUUAGAGUGCUUUUCCUUUGCUGAAAAUGGUGGAACCUUCCCCCAUGACAGGACAUGGCAAACUGUAACUAAGUAAGAAGCAGAACCGGAGCUACCUCUAAGCAGUGUUUUCUCAAGCACACGCUCUCAGGCACAUGAGACCCUCCCCAUGGAGGCUUCUCUGAUUUCUUGAGCAUCAGCAAGUCUCGGAAGUGACUGUUUUUUCUACUUUCCCAGGCCCUCUGCACCCUUAUACUUCCCCCAUUCCACACUGUGCUUAUUAUAUGACAGAGACUCUUCUAAGAAGCCAAAUUCGGCCAAAUUAAUAGCUAGGAAUAUUGCAGAACAAAGAAGUGCCCAGAACUGCAGUGGAAGAAGGGUGUCCAUUCUAAUAGCCUUCUGGUCCUUCCUCGGAAUGCUCCUGUAGGACACGAGUGAUAUUUUCAGUGCUUCUCUUAUGUCAGAGGCAACAGUUAAUGCCUCUGCUGUUGUUGUUGUUUGGCUGACAUGGUUUUGAUAAUGCUUUAAAAUUUCUGCUACAAAGCUUGGAAUAGAGUGUUUACCAGUUUCAAAUGUUGGCUGCAACUUAAAUGUUAUUCUUUACAGUGUAAUAAGUUCACAAGCUAAAUUUUCAAAGAGAAUUUCUUUUCACAUUAUGCUUCUUGUCUACUUGGAAUCAGAAACAUAUCUUUUCAAUCCCAGGAUUGUCAAACAAUAAAGUUAUUUCUUAAUCUA